UCUAAUUAUCUUAUCUUCGUGUCUAGUAUCUACCAUACUCGUCCCAGCUGUCGACUCAGACUACCAUGGCGUUGCCUGAGCAGAUCGUUACUGUCGAUGCUAUCCUUUUCGAUCUGGAUGGGACCCUCAUAGAUUCCACUCCUGGCGUCAUUUCAGCCUGGAAAACAUUCGCGGAUGAAUACAAACUUGGAUCGCAUCUUCCUAUCGUACAGAAAACUCAUGGACGGAGACUUGCUGAUACCCUGAGGGACGAGACUAUAUGCAAUAUCCAGGACACAAAACUUUUGGAUAGCGAAAUUGUGCGCUUCGAGGACUUGGUGAUCCAGGGUAGCCCAGUGGCUCUUGAAGGAGCUAUCGAGUUCUUGGCUCAGCUGGACUCACACCAUGACAUGCGCACUAGGUGGACAAUUGUCACAUCAGCUUCGAGGUACUAUGCAACUCAGUGCAUACCGAAGUGCGAAAUUCCGGUGCCUGCGUCAGGGUUUGUGACGGCAGAUGAUGUUAGCGAAGGAAAGCCAAAGCCCGCACCGUAUCUUGAAGGAGCAAAGAAACUUGGGAUUGAUGUGACUAAGUGUCUUGUUAUUGAGGAUGCACCGUCCGGGGUGCAAGCAGGAAAUAGUGCCGGUGCAAAGACGCUCGCAGUUUGUACCUCCCACAAACGUGAAGACUUUGAGAACUGUUCGGAGGAAAUCAAGCGCCCCACGUAUAUCAUUGAUGAUCUGACUAGAGUACGCGUGAAUUGGGAGAACAGCAAGAUUCGGCUUACGAUCGAUACCCGUAGAGGACCUGAUUCGGAUUAACAAUUUUAUAGUCAGAAAUCCACAACUCCCACGCAGUGGUGGUUUCAGGAUUCCUUAGGCUCUGAGGCAUGAUAAAAUUCAAAACAGGAGGGUACUCACCAAUGUCAAAAGCUGCCUCAUCGUAACGAACAAGCGGUUGGCUUUCACAGAGUUGACUCUGGUAAAAGAAAUACCCGGUAUAUUUAAGCUGCCACCGCUUCAAGCUGCAAUGGCACUUACAGCUUACAGGCUCUUCUUCUGCUGAUGCUUCAUAAUUAAUCCAGGUACUCACUAGCCUAUGACGAUAUCGGGUGCACGGGGAAUCGGCAAUUGACAGAUAUCGAAUUAGCUUGAGUAUGGCUGCAAGAAAUAAUAUUUAAGCUAUGAGCUCGUUUCAGAGAGUAUAUGAAGCAAGAUCAAAGCCACUAGCAUGAGACUUGGGCUCGACCUUCUUUGUUU